CGAGCAUUAAUCAGCCAAUCAAAGCGCCUAGCACCCGUGAAAUCAACCCGCUAAGUUCUUUGACGACUCUACUGGCUUAUUGGUAAACGGAACAUCGUAAGGACGAGCCUUUUAAGGGGCUCUCACUGUGGUUUCCAUGUAAUUCUUCCGCAAAACUCUCCGCCAGUAUGGGAUCUGUGCCGGUGAAUAAAAUCACCGAUCACUACCAACUUACUUGUGGGAUUUGCAGCGAGACGUACAAGAAUCCCAAGGUUUUGCCAUGCCUGCAUUCUUUUUGUCAAAACUGUCUUGAUUCUAACAUAAGACCUCAAGACCGAACCCUCGUUUGCUCAAUAUGUCGCCUGGUUGUGCCUGUUCCCGCCAAAGGUAUCGAGGCAUUUCCGCUGAAUUUCUUCAUCAACAACAUGUUGACAGUGUUAGCUGUGCAGAACCCAACAAAAUGCACCAACUGCGAGGAUAGUUCCCAGGCCACAGCUCGGUGUCUUGACUGCGUGGAAAACCUCUGUACAAAUUGCGUGGUUGCUCACAAAAGAAUUCGCCAGACAAAAGAUCACAGGAUUUUGUCUUUUGAAGAAAUCCAGGCAAAUGAAGUAAAGGAAAUUAUUCGCUGCCCUUCAUUUUGCUCUGUGCAUCCACGAGAGGUACUCAAGUACUUCUGUGAAUCGUGUGACGAAGCCAUAUGCCGAGAUUGUGCUAUCUACGAACACAGAGAGCACAUCUAUGUGGAUCUUAAAGAAGCUGUCAAGAAAUACAGGUCAUCUAUCACGGCUCUUCAAGACAAGACCAAACGCAAGAUUCCAGUCCUCCGCGCGGCUGUCGAGGAGGUACAUGACGUCACGAGAGAUUUGAGAGAGAGGGUUGAAGUAGUACGUGACACCAUUCAUAACACCAUUCAGAAUCACAUCCGGGAAUUAGAAGAACAGGAACGACAACUCAUUGACCAGCUUGAAAGCAUAUCCAGCUCCAAAGAGAAGGUUUUAACUUCUCAGCAGGAAAUUCUGGAACUAGACUUGGAAAACCUGCUUAGUAGCUGCGAGUUCACAGAGAAUGUGCUCAGGUAUGGAAACGAGGCUGAGAUAAUGUUGGUAAAGCCGCAGAUGGUCAGCAGACUCCAGAGCCUCAACGAUCACGAGUCGCAGUGUGAACCAGAAGAAAACGAGGUAGUUGAGUUCUCGUCCAGUGACCAGCAGCUCUCCAAAGUCAUUGCUCAGCUCGGUCAAGUCUCCACCAGUUUCGUGUUCCCUAUGCUGUCAUGCGCAGAGGGCCCCGGGCUCAGCCGAGCUAAGGUUGGGCACAAGUCAACGUUUACAAUCAUUGCAAAGGACAGAAAUGGCGAACCAUGUACCUCUGGAGGAGACCAGGUGUCAGUCAAACUUCACUGUCCAAACGGUCCGCCGAUCACAGCCGACGUAGACGACAAUGAUCAUGGCACUUAUACGGCUUCCUUCACGCCAGUCUCAAAGGGAGAUCAUCAAAUCACGGUUCACAUCCGGGGUAAACCUAUUCAAGGAAGUUCCUUUGACUUACAGGUCACGUCAGGAAUAGACUUUGAAAAUAUUGGUCCAAUGUUGUUGAAGUUUGCACCCAACAGUAAUAAGACUAAUGACGAGUACUACGAGCCGUGGGGAGUGACUGCUGACCCUGAGGGGUUGUUUGUGGUGUCAGAUCAUCACAAUCACCGUCUUCAGAUUUUUGAUACAAAUGGUCGCCUACUGUACCAGUUCGGCACACGGGGUAAAGCAGAUGGGGAGAUCUGGUACCCAGCAGGAGUAUGCUUGGAUAAAAGUGGUAACAUCUUUGUAGCAGAUCAUGGAAAUCACAGAAUACAGGUUUUCACACGCGAAGGACAGUUCCUUCGAAAAUUUGCUUCAAAAGGCAACGGUCUUGGACAGCUGAAAGGUCCUUGUGGCCUCGCCGUGGACUCAGAGGGUCGGGUCAUCGUAGCCGAACGCGAUAACCACCGAGUGCACAUCUUCGACUCCGAUGGCCAAGCGAUUAUGCACUUCGGCGUGUAUGGAGAUGGCGAUGGAAAAUUCAACUGCCCACGACAUGUUGCGGUUGACCAGGAUGACAGCAUUUUAGUGUCGGACGCUGGGAACUCCCGAGUGCAAAUAUUUGACAAGAAAGGACAGUUUUUAGCAAAGAUCGGGGAAAAGGGCACCAACAAAGGUCAGUUCAGUUGCCCCGCGGGAGUGGCGGUUGAUUCAGAGGGACACAUCGUGGUGGCGGACUUGAAGAACUUCAACGUGCAGAUAUUUGAUUCGGCUGGUGUUUUUGUAAAGAAAAUAGGUGUUGCAGAGGAAUCCAAGAAUGCCAGUGUUUUUAGCAAACCGACUGGAGUCACUAUCUCAGGAAAUGGCAAUGUUGUUGUAGCUGACAGAGGGCAUCAUUGUUUACAAGUGUUUUAAUCUGAGAACAGAUACAUAAUAAUAUACACUGGUUGGUCGAACCUGCGAUUGGAGGGGACGCAGUAAAAAGUUUUGAUUAUCACAAGCAAAGGGAAGCUUUCUAGGAGCAGAUCCGGGCAAGGGUACAGGGUGUAGACUUCUCCUCCCCCCCAUCAAUAUUUCCUAAAUUAU